AUGCAAACUCCGCUAACGCAACACGAUUCACAUAAUUCAUCACCGCCGGAGCACAAGUAUAAGAGAAAUUAUCGCGCGUGUCUCAAUUGUCGCAUGCGGAAAGUCAAAUGUGACUUGGGACCCGUUGAUAAUCCUCACGAGGGGAAGUGUGCUCGUUGUUUACGAGAGCGCAAAGAUUGUGUAUUUGUUGAGAGUAAGCGUGGUGGAGCUAACAAUGUAUUGAAUGGGAGACGCAAAAGGCAGAAGCAGAGUCACACUGUGGAGUAUGAGAGGAGCCAGUCUCCUCAAUCUCUUUCAACCAAUAGUCACAUAAAUCAAGGAUCUGAGUAUCAUGGGACAAAUGAUUCUUCAAAUCAUUACAGCUCUUCACCACAAGCACUACCUGGAAUUAACAGUAUUCUUAGUGAAAACGAUGGGAAAAGUGGCUUACGUCCUCACAACCCGAUUCCAUAUGAGUCAAUGCAGAGUACAUCGACCUCAACAGAUAUCAAAAGCGACAAUAUUGCAGACAAAACCGGACGAAAUAACCACUUUGCUACAAUGGAAGGGGCUUUGGUGUUUUUGGCCAGUGCCGCGGGAACCAUUGCCAAGGCUGAUGAGAGAGACAAUAUUGAUGCAAGAGCCAAGUACGAUCAGAUUGAAGCCAUGACAGGGAAUAACACUCAUAAACACAGUGUUGAUGAGAGCAACAGCACGCCACCAGUGGACCAAGUGGAUACACCUGCUCAAAAUCAUACUGCUGCUGCAAGCCAUCGCUCUAGCGUUGAUGGUGGAGCACAAGUGUCACACCCUAUAAGCCGCAAUGAUUCCAUAACAAGCCAGCAGCAUAAUGAACAUGGAUUUCUUACAAGCUCAAGUCGACACAAUUCAACCGAUAACACAGCUCAGAUAUACCCAUAUAUGAACCCCACGAGAAACAAACGAAUGACUGUGCCAGCUGCUGAAAGUGGAUACGCAGUACGUCCAAAAGCAUCGAAAAAGCUUUCGAGCAUCGAGUACAUUGGACCUUCCCCGCAUGGCAUACUUACCGAAGAGGAAGCGGAACGAUUAAUUAACUUGUUUUUUUCCACUAUGCACCCAUAUUUCCCUCAUAUCCCUAAAUUUCUUCACUCACUGAAGGUAUUGUCAGGAUAUCCUAUACUACUUUGUGCCAUAUUGACUAUAUCGUCGCGGUAUCACCCAUUUGAAAACAAUGCUAGCAGUUUGCCAAAUGGGAGCGUACCGAGAAAUAUUGAAGUUCAUGAUCGAUUAUGGCUUUAUGUCCAGCGAUUGAUUUCGCAAACCGUGUGGGCCGAGGCUAGUACGAGAUCAAUUGGCACGAUAUUUGCAUUUUUGCUCUUUACUGAGUGGAAUCCACGGGCUAUUCACUGGAGAUGGUCCGAUUAUGCUAAUAAGGCAGAAGAAGGAGCAAAUGACAACGAGACAGGUGUGGGUAUUGGUGGAGGAUUGAACCCACAAGGGAGUAGUGCUGGUAUCAUGAGUUCAGCGACUGCUUCGUUAAGUGGUAGAAGCGGCAGCAAUGGCGAUGGUAUGGACGGCAGUGGAUCUGCAGGUGGCGGUCUGAAUCUUGCAGGAUUGGGUGCAAUGAGAAGGAGUCAUCGUAUGGCGUGGAUGUUGAUUGGAAGUGCUGUGCGAUUAGCUCAAGAUAUGGGGUUUAUGGAAAUGAGCUCAAAGACACUAAUUGCAACGCAUAUAGCUGAGAUCAAUUCAGUUAUGGAUAUAUCGCGUCGAUCCAUGCUUGCUCAUUCGUUAUCGGAGAUUGAUUUAGAAGAAGAUGAAGUGAGUGAAGAAGAUGUGGAGUAUGGCGAAGAUGUCGAUGACGAUUUCAACAUUAUGAAAAUGAGUGAAGAAGAACUCAAGCGAGCUGCUAGUGAACACAUAUUCAAGUUUACCAAGGCACAAAAGGCCCAGAUUGAAUUGUUACAGAUUAUGUCGUUGGGCCAUGAGUCAUUUUAUGGGUACAAGGCGCAAUUGGGUCAGUUGUCGCAGCGGCAGAAUUUGGCGGUGUUGAAUAUCAUCAGCCCCUUGAUUAACAAUUGGAGUCGGAAAUAUCGGCAGUUUCUUGUCCCCACCAGUGGUAAAUUGGCUAAACAUGUGUCUAGUUUCCAACACCAAUGGACAAAGCCCAAGUCGAGAACAUGUCAAGAAAUCAGUGAGUCCAUCCGACAAGAAUCUUUUAUAUUUGAGUUCAAUUAUGUGAAACUUUAUAUAUACUCAUUGGCAUUGAGUCCAUCACCGAGAACCAUGAUGGGGAAGAAGAAUAAUCGAGUCUCGCUCAAAUUGGAUGAGUUGUCGAAAUCAGCUCGAUUCAUUGAACAAGCAUUCAAUGCAGCGAAUGAGAUGUUAAAUGCUGCACAUAGGAUUCACAAGUUUAAGAUGUUGCGAUUCAUGCCUGUGCGUUGGUUGACGAGAUUAGUGCGUGCCGUGGCAUUCAUUGUCAAAUGCUACUUGACAAUAACCGCUCAAAAGAGUAAUGGCAGUGGCUCUGCAGCUUCGGCGUUUGCAUCAACGAGAGAAACCUACGACCCGACGGUGUUGUCUUUUAGUUUGAUUAGUAUUGAUGACAUUUCUUCCCUGAUUCAUCGUGCCGCGUUGACGUUGAGAGAUUGUUCGCCAGAUGAAUUGCAUUUGUGCACGAGGUACUCCAAUAUUUUGAUGUAUUUGUAUUCUGAAAUGAAGAAUAAGAAGAAUGAGCAGGAGGGAGAAGACAGGGACAUGGAUGUGGGUGUGGGUGUGGGUGUGGCUAGUGGCUGUCAUAUUCCACACGUAGAACGAGUUGCCGCUGAUGGAGAUCAGCAGCAUUCCUACGGACAUAAUGCACCGGGAGCUCAACCUAUUUCCACAGAACAGUCACUGUGUUCGCAUGGUGGGCCUUUGAACAAUGCAAAUGAGCAACUCACUCCACAAGCAUAUGAAAAGCUGGACGCAUUCCCAUACGGUCCAUACUUUAAACAACCAACCAAUGUACCCACGUCGGCACCCAUAGCCAUUGGAGUUACAGGAAAGCCAAUCAGCCCAAUGCCACUCAACUCGCCAUCGACAUCGACGUCAGUUUCAGUGCCAGCACAGGCAGUAUCAGCAGCAGCAGCAGAGGGAGCCAUGCCUCCACCACCAACCCAACAACAUGACAAAAAAGAAUUCCUUAACUCAUCAACCUCGAUAUCAAACACAGGUGCUGGUGUCAGCAAUUCGUCAGACAAUUUCAGUCAUCUUGCAUCGGCCGGAGCCAAUAACACUAGAGGGGAAGGUGCAAGCAGUAAUGUACCCACGGGGAAUCAAAACUACACCCAGAACAAUAAUGUGAUGGGAAUUGGUGAUUCUGACGUCAUGGAUUGGUUUAUGAAUAACCAAACUAUUGGAUUGGAUUUCGUUGCACCUUGGACGGAGAUGAUUGAGCAGCAGUUGAAUUCCAACGACCAGAAUUUCUAUUUCUAA